AAAAAAAAAAUAAAAAAAAUAUUCCAAAGAAUCACCAGUUAGGAGUAAUCCAAGUUCAUGGACUAUCAGUUCUAUUGCUGAUAGGUAAUCCCCAAACAUUGACCAACACAACCAACGAUCAAACGAUUCCAACCGGUCUAAACAAGAAGCAGUUGUAAUUGGACCAGAAGCUGUAUUCGCUAACAAAAAUGUCAACUACUAUGCUAAAGUGUUUUAGUGGUGCUCCACUUCUUUCAAGUUUCAAGACUAUAUAUAUUAGCACUCUUGUAAUUGACAUUCCAACAAACGGCUGAUCAAGGAAUAUCACCACCACAAAGACCCGCAGACGGACUCACGGACGUUACCCAGUGCAACCACCAGUCAGCCGCGCCAACCGUAAUAAGCGAAACAAUCCCAAGUCCAUCUUUUUCUUCCACCUUACACAACAGAAUUGAUUUGGAUCAUUGUUCUGCGUUCUGUGUUUCCAUCUCCGUACCACUCGGUCCUCCAUGGCCAGCAAGGGGAUUCAGCUGCGGGGAUUUGGUAUUACAGCUGCUCGGAAACACCCGGCGCUGAUGCACUGAGGGGACCAAAGAGCUGAGCAAAGCAACACGCAGAGAGGGAGAGUCCCAUCUCUUCUUCAACCAUGGAACAGAACUAGAUCAUAGCAAACUACUCAGUCAUGAUCGUCAAGGUAUACCAAUCAGUCAGUCGACAUCCAGGGGAAAUUAUUUUCGUACUUUGUUUGACGACUGACGAGAGGAAGAUGGAAGCUAAGGAGUGGCGGGAGGUCUGUCGUUUCGUCUGCACUUGGAAUUUCUGGAGGAUGUCCAUUUUCUGGACUUUUUCUCUCAUCUCUUCCUACUUGCAAUUGUUCUUACAAAGGUUUUUAUCCGAGAAAAAUUCCACAAGUUUUCGCCGUUCUUCUCCUUCGUUUCAUCCUCCAGAAUCAGUUUCAAUUCCUCCCGCGGUGAAUGAUUCCAGAAGGCCCGUCUGCGUGAUCACCGGUGCAACAUCUGGUUUGGGUGCUGCAGCUGCCAAGGCUUUGUCAAUGCAAGGGUUUUCCAUGGUUUUAGUUGGAAGAUCAUCUGAAUCAUUGGCUAAGACACUGGCUGAUAUCAAGAAACAGAAUGUUACUGCUCCAGUGAAAGCCUUUGUGGUUGAUGUAUCAUCCUUUGAGUCAAUCUUGAAGUUCAAAGCAUCCCUUCAGAGUUGGUUGUUGGAGGCAAACAUGCAUCCUUCUAUUCAGCUACUGAUAAAUAAUGCUGGAAUUCUAGCAGCAUCAUCUAGAAUCAAUCCUCGAAAUUAUGAUCAGAUGAUGGCCACCAAUUACAUUGGUGCAUUUUGCCUCACCAAAGUUCUUCUGCCACUUCUGGAGAACAGCCCUGUUCCUUCACGUGUUAUAAACAUCACAUCUUUUACUCAUAGAACUGUUUCUGGGGCUAAGGUGGACAAGGAAACUGUCACUGGCAAGUGUUUUUCAAGAUUAAAAUCCUAUCCGUUUGCUCACGUUUAUGAGUACUCAAAAUUUUGUUUGCUUCUCUUCUCAUAUGAGCUUCAUCGACAACUUGGAUUGAUGGAGAAAUCUUAUCAGGUUUCUGUAAUUGCUGUUGAUCCUGGUGCUGUCGAAACUAAUAUAAUGCGGGAACUUCCACCCUCCAUUGCUUGGUUUGCUUGUCUCACCUUGAAAGUUUUGGGGAUGCUGCAGACACCCGAAGAUGGAGUGUCAUCAAUUCUUGAUGCAGCUCUUGCCGGACCCGAAAUAAGCGGAGUGUAUUUCUUUGGAGGAAACAUGAAUACCAUCAAAUCCUCUGCACUUUCAUACAACUCCAAGCUUUCGAAAGAUCUUUGGGCUACGUCAUGUGAUAUCUUUCUAGAAUCCCAACUUGCUUGUAGCGGCGCUUCCAGUUAAUAAUGUCAUGUGAUUGAGGUUACCUUCAGGAUGGGCUUCGGCCUCUCGAGUCUGUUGUUUUUGACAGAUCAUGAAUGCAGAUGUAUAGUCGGCUCUCUUUAUAGCUAGCCCAUAAUUGCUUAGGAUGCUCGGAGAUAGAGCAAUGUUUCUCCGGUCUGAGUCUCAGCCUCACUUUCUCCCCCCACAAUUAGUUACUGCCUCCCUCAGAAUUUAAUAAUAGUUCAUUUUGUCGUUAUUGAUUUAGUUCUUUAUUGAGAGAUUGUGCAAUAAUGUAAAAACUAAAUCACAGACUAUUAUAUUGAAUCUUCUUUUUACAAUUGAUAUUAAUUUGGAUAAUGAUAAAUUUUAUUGCUGAAGGGUUAGUUUUAUAUUAGGGUCCAGAUACUGUAUCAUAUUGGUAACAAUGUAGGAUGCCACAAGAUUAUUAUCAAGCAUAUGGUACUCCA